AUGGAUGUAACUCUGCCUCCUCCUCUCAUGAUUUCUCAAGGCUUUCUUCCAACCGAUUCUUUGUUAGAAUCACUUAUCCAAAUCUCAAAUGAAGUAACAACCAUGGAGAAAAUCCCAAUCACACAAUCCAACAACGUCUCAACAAUGAUAAGAAGGAUCAAACUUCUUUCAUCACUGUUCGAAGAGAUUCAAGAAACAAACACUCAACUCCCACCUUCUUCCAUCUUGUGUUUGACGGAGCUCUAUUCUGUUAUUCGGAGGGUGAAAUCAUUGAUACAAGCGUGUCAACAAGGUAGCUGUUUAUGGAACCUUGUUCGAGCAGAAAGCAUUUCGAAUCAGUUUCAUGUGAUUGUAAAAGAAAUGAGUAGGGCUUUAGAUAUCUUACCUCUCAGCUUGUUGAAGAUAGGCGCAGACACAAGAGAGCAAGUGGAGCUUCUUCAUAGGCAAGUCAAAAGAGUUGACUUGAUGAUUGAUUCUAAAGAGGUUCAAAGAAGAGAGGAGCUUCUUCAAGUGAUGACGGCUAGUACUAAAAGUAAAAGCAGGAGUAAAGCCGUCAUUGAUUUUGAGAAACUCGAAGUGAUUAUGACACGAAUCGGCUUGAAAACGCCGUUCGAUUACGAAGAGGAGAUUUCAAAACUCGAGGCGGAAGCGGAAAAGCAAGCGGGAACCGGUGGACUCAUUGUGGUUUCCAACAUUAACAAUCUAAUUUCGCUUGUUUCAUUGUCGAAAUCGAUCGUUUUCAGUAAACAAGACCAUGCAAUAACUCAAGAGGAGGAUAAAAAUUCCCAGAGUCGACGUUAUUCGUUUUCUCAAUCGAUGGUGAUCAACAUUCCAGACGAAUACCGUUGCCCGAUUUCCCUCGAUUUAAUGCGGGACCCGGUAAUUGUAGCAUCGGGCCACACAUACGACCGUGUCUCAAUUGCACAGUGGAUUAACUCUGGGCACCACACGUGUCCCAAAAGUGGGAAGCGGCUGAUCCACAUGGCACUCAUUCCAAACUACGCGCUCAAAAGCUUGAUUCACCAAUAUUGUGAUGAAAACAACUUACCCGUGGAUGAAAAUGCUCCCGCAACUUCAUCGACUCAUAGUUUUGAGAAAAACCCUAGUGUGAAGCGGAAACUACCUGAAAAGGCGAUUGAUCAUAUUUCCGCCACCAAAUCCGCCAUGGAUGCGGUUAAAAUGACAGCGGAAUUUUUGGUGGGAAAACUAGCGAUGGGUUCGGUUGAUAUCCAGAGGCAAGCGGCGUAUGAGUUGAGAUUGCUAGCUAAAACCGGGAUGGAUAACCGGAGGUUAAUUUCAGAGGCGGGAGCGAUUCCUUUUCUGGUAACGUUACUUUCGUCGCAUGAUCCGAGAAUUCAAGAGCAUGCAGUCACGACACUUCUAAACCUUUCGAUAUUUGAAAACAAUAAGGUGUUGAUAGUGGCGGCAGGAGCGAUAGACAGUAUAGUAGACGUAUUGGGUUCUGGUAAAACAAUGGAGGCAAGAGAAAAUGCAGCAGCGGCUAUAUUUAGCUUAUCGCUAAUUGAUGAUUAUAAAGUGGUUAUCGGGAGUCGUCCCAAAGCUAUUCCUUAUUUGAUUGAGUUGUUGAAAGAUGGAACUACAACAGGGAAAAGAGACGCAGCAACUGCAUUGAUUAAUCUUGCGGUUUACAGUGUAAAUAAAGUGAAUGUGGUUGUUUCAGGGGCAAUACCUGUUUUGAUUGAUUUGUUGAUGGAUGAUAAGGCGGGAAUCACUGAUGACGCGCUUGCGGUGCUUUCGUUGCUGUUGGGGUGUUGUGAGGGACGUGAGGAAAUAAGAAAGAGUAAGGUUUUGGUUCCGAUUUUGAUUGAUCUCUUAAGGUUUGGAUCUCCGAAAGGGAAGGAGAAUUCCAUUACUCUGUUAUUGGGGCUUUGUAAAGAUGGCGAUGAUGAAGUUGCUAGAAGAUUGUUGAUGAAUCCAAGGAGUAUACCAUCUCUUCAAAGCUUGGCUGCUGAUGGAUCCAUGAAAGCUCAGAGAAAGGCCGAUGCUUUGCUUAGAUUGCUCAACAGAUGCUGCUCACAGUCGUAUAGGAAUCCUUUUGAAUAA